AAGUUCAUCCAUUUUUUAAAAAACUUUAAUGUUAAUUGCACUUAAAGCGAUAAUUAUAAAAAUAAAAAAAAAUAUGCAAAGAAGCUUUAGUUGCCUUAUUAAUGAGUUUUGGUUUUGCACAGUUACAUAGUUAACGCUUUACAUCUUUUACAACACUAUUCUUUGAUUGUAAUUCUUCGCUACCACUUCAUGGUGCCGAAUUCAAGUUUGUUGCCUAAGUCUUUCGUUUGGCCAGCACAUUCUUUUGUCCAACUGGGCUUAGAGAUGCAUGUGUGUGUGGCUGGCUGUGGCUAUUAAUGUUUGUGAGCGGGUGCUUGGCCAAAAAUAAACAGUCCAAGGACCUCGACAUGUGUCUAUGGAAACUGUUGCAAUUGUUGUUCAAAUAUAAACAAACGAUAUGCGAGUGCUCAAGUGAGCCGGCUAACGGUAUAUAUGGUAUGAUGAUUGGUGAUAAAGUACCAGGCCAUAAGUGUGGAAACCGGUUGUCGGCAGUCGUCUCUUAACAUUCAGUGGGCACGCAUUUUUGGGGACCAACAGUUACCAAAAAAAACAAAAUUGUAAAUCAUAAGAAAAGAUAGAAGAAAAUUCCAAAUAUGCAACGAUGCUAUUGCGGUGGGAUGAGAUCGGGGAGUGUGCAGCAACAGCAUAAUAUACCCCUGCAAAAAGAUCAAUAUCAACUGCAGCAGCUUCCGCGUGGCGAUCUCAGGUCGGUGACCUCAUCUUCCAGACAAAGCCUACGCCCCACGCAGUUCAUAAAGCGCCCCAGCCUAAAAACCCCGCCCCAAUUCGGCCUAGGACACUCCAGCACCGAGCUGGCCAACGACUUCAGUCGCCGCAACUCCACGGCCACCUCGGUGAGUCACUGCUCCAGCUGCAGCUGCAGUUCCUCCCAGCAACGACAGCAGAGCAGGGCCAAGGUUUUGCGAUGGGGCUGGGAGCGAACAGGAGGUGUUGACACCUCCAACAACAGUGUUAGUCACUCGAAACACUAUGAUAAGUACACGGACAAUCGACGGCUUUAUGAGCAGAGCGCAUGCGUCGCCAGUCGCCAGAGGAACCAAGGUCAGGGUCAGGUUCACAGUGGCAACUCAUCGCCAUCGCCACGCCCAGUUCAGUACUUUAGUAAACAGCAAUCCAUGGAUGAAAUGCAGCAACUGCAGGCCUUGCAGCACUUCCGCCUGAUGAAUGCCCGUGAUUGCUUCAGUGAUGGUCGGCAGGAUGAGCUGCGAUUGCAGCAGGCCUACGAUAAUCUGAAUGGCAGCAACACGGACAAGUGGAACAAGGAUCGGGCCAAUGAGAGCAGGCAGCAGGAAGUCUCAGGGAGCAGCACCUCCACCACGCCCUAUGCCCUGCGGCAGAAGCUGUUGCAGUUGAGGCUGCAGGAGGAGGAGAGGAGGGGCAGGGGCACGGGCGCCAUGUGUGCCCCUUUGGGAAAGAGUUGUGCCCUACGGUACAAUUAAAAUAAGAUGGAUACAAGGUAGUACAUAGCCAACAGUCUUGGCAGUAAUUUAAGUGCCUAAUAUAGAUAGGAAUAUUUGUAAGCCUCAUAAUUAAAAGAUAGUAAAUACCUGUAGAAACAACGACUAAUAAAAGUAUUAUCCUUUUAAAUAUUUUUAAAAUUAUUUAGCUUAAUUUUGU